AUGCUCCCUCGCGCCAGCGGACUCCAGCUCGUCGCGCUCCUGCUGCUGCUGAGCAGGAGCAGCUCAGCUGUUCACAACGACGCCACUGAGUCCGUGGACACUCAGCCGGUCCACGACACCCAGGACGAGCCGGCCAAUGAAGACACGAACCAGGCGAGGAACGGCGGGAGACGGCCGGCGGACGACUUGCGCAAUGGUGCAAACCAGAGCCAGGUGGGCUGCAGGGAGCUGAGGUCCACGAAGUACAUCUCUGACGGCCAGUGCACCAGCGUUAACCCCAUCAAGGAGCUGGUGUGUGCCGGGGAGUGUCUGCCGGCCCACCUGCUGCCCAACUGGAUCGGGAGCGGGGGUCACACUACGAGGUACUGGAGCCGCCGCGACGAACAGGAGUGGCGCUGCGUCAUUGACCGGACCAGGACCCAGCGGAUCCGGCUGCAGUGCCAGGACGGAAGCUCCCGAACCUACAAGAUAACUGUGGUGACCUCCUGCAAGUGCAAGCGCUACUCCAGAGAGCAGAAUGACUCAGGACACAAGGACACGUCUGUCCACAGCGGGAAACAGAGGAAAAAUGUGAGGAAGGCCGGACUCCCUGAGGAGAGAGGCGGGAGGCAGUCCGACAACUAA